CGGAGAGUUGGACAGAAAGAAGGUUUACGGUCUGCAGAUCACCAAGCAUCUCGGGAGCCACGAUGAACGUGUUCGAUCGAAACAUCAACUUUGACGCCCUCUUCAAACUAUCCCAAAUCUCCCACUCUACCCAGGUGCACCUGAAGAACGUCUACUCCAGCCUGGCAGUAUGCAUGUUCGUGGCUGCAGCCGGGUCCUAUGUCCAUGUGGUCACUCGUCUCUUUCAGGGGGGCGUGCUGUCUCUACUAGGUUCUCUGGGAAUGAUGUUCUGGCUGGCCAUGACUCCACACAACUCUGACACGGAGAAGAAGAGACUGGCCAUCCUAGCCGGCUUUGCCUUCUUCACAGGUGUUGGCCUUGGCCCCGCCAUGGACUUUGUCAUCGCCAUCAAUCCGAGCAUCAUCGUGACGGCGUUCCUGGGGACAUCCAUGAUCUUCCUGUGCUUCACGCUCAGCGCACUCUAUGCCAAGAGAAGGAGCUAUCUCUUCCUAGGAGGUACUCUGAUGUCAGGCUUGUCAGUCCUGUUCCUCAUGUCGGUCAUGAACAUGUUCCUGGGGUCUGCCUUGCUGUUCAAGGCCCACAUGUACCUGGGGCUGAUCAUCAUGUGUGGCUUCGUCCUGUUCGACACUCAGCUCAUCAUUGAGAAGGCAGAGAACGGAGACAAGGACUACAUCUGGCACUGCGUGGACUUGUUCCUCGACUUUGUCACAAUCUUCAGGAAACUGAUGGUCCUCCUCGCUAUGAACGAGAAGGAGAAGAAGAAGGAGAAGAAGUAGAGGCUGGCCGGCGUGUAGAGCUCCACACUAGAGGAUCUGAGACUCGACACAUUACGCUGGGCUGCUGGUGCUUCAAUUUCUGUCUUCACUUCUUGAAUUAACUCCCAUGUGGUCUUAUAAUGCUGAACUUUAAUUAGGUUUUGGACUUACAAUAAGGUUUGAAUGUAAGUUUGUGGUAAAUGAACGCUAGUUCUUUCUUGCUUGUGAAGAUUACUAAUGCUGCAGUGAUCCCGCUUGGCCUGUAGAGGGGGCUGUUGUCCCACAGAGGCUCCCAGAAGCAUCACUAAACCUACACACAUUUUCACAAAGUAACUAUAAAAGACACUAGGUAACUUGAGCUUCUGAGACUGAUCAUUGUUUUAUUUGAAGUUAUCUGUAAUUUGAUCUAAGUAUUUAGUGGCCACCCUCCCCUCCACGGUAAAUCUUUUGAAGUGGAGUCAUGGAGUCCAUGGUAUAUUCACUUACCACCUAAAGGUUGAUCUUAAAACUAUCCCCCCACAUUUUGUUUGUGGUCUAAUAUUUGGAGAGCCAGAAUAGCAAAGCCUAAUUGUAAUAAUAUCCACACAUUUUUGCUAAUUCCCCCAGUUGGCCGCCUCGGUGGUCCUGGAUAUGUUGGCUUCUGUAAGGAGAGAUAUGGCCAUCUGUCCAUAUUUUUCCUGCGGACAAGCCAAUGAUUCAGAUUGUUCCUUCAUGUAAAUGUGUCUAAAAAAAAAAACUCAAUGAAGUACAUGUUCUUUAGAAAUUAGUUUGCCAAAUGUGAUGUUAACAUUUACAAUAUUUUGAACGUUUGUAUACUGUGAAGAAUUUAUUUUAUUGAUGUACUAUUAUAUCAAAUAAUUUGAUACAUUUGCUCAAAUAAAUUUUGUUGAAUGUGAUCAACUCAA